AUGAAAGACCUUGGCGAAGUCUCCGACAUUUUGGGCUGGCAAGUCGAACGCAACCGAGCAGCCAAGACCAUCUUUCUACACCAAUCUCUCCUACCCUGCCGAUGGGUCUUCCGCAUCAAGCCCAAUGGCACGUACAAAGCACGCCUAGUUAUCAAAGCGCCCGCCUACCCUCCGAUUCCUCGGAUCCUACAACCUGGCAGGAAGCCAUGCGCCGUUCCGACCGCGACAAAUGGCGUGCCGCCGCCCAAGACGAAUUUCAGUCCCUUCACGACAACAAGACCUACGAUCUUGUUCCACGCCUAA